CUCCUCCUUAAUCCUUCAUGGAGCAUCAUCAUAGAUGGAAGCCAAUGAUUCAUUUGUCAUAAAGGCUCCUAAAAAAUCCCCACUGUUGCUCAGGCUUGUGGUGUUGGCAUUUGCCAUGGUCUGUGGAGUCUACAUUUGCUUCAUAUGCUUAAAACAGAUCAACGCCAGCAAUAGCAGCACCAACGAAUUCCUCAACAACGUCAAAGUCGUACAACAACUCUGCAACUCAUCCGACAUUGAACAAUGGGAGAUCCCUUUUGUUCACUACCCAAAUCCUGUCACGUUUAGCAGGGAGGAAUGCGUAUGCAAUCCGGUGAGGUACUUUGCGAUACUGUCGAUGCAGAGAUCAGGGAGCGGGUGGUUCGAGACGUUGAUGAACAGCCACAUCAAUGUGAGUUCCAAUGGCGAAAUCUUCGGGAAGAAAGAUCGAAGGGCAAAUGUUUCCGCCAUUGUUAAUGUGUUGGACAAAGUUUAUAAUCUGGAUUGGUUCAGUAGUGCUUCCAAGAACGAGUGUAAUGCUGCUGUUGGAUUCAAAUGGAUGCUUAAUCAGGGAGUGUUGGAGCAUCAUGAAGGGAUAGUGGACUACUUCAACAGGAAUGGAGUUCAUGCAAUUUUCCUCUUCAGGAGGAACUUGAUUCGGAGGUUGAUAUCUGUGAUGGCCAAUUCCUAUGAUAAGAGCAAGAAACCCUUGAAUGGUACCCACAAGUCACAUGUCCAUUCUGUCGCAGAGGCCAAAGUUUUGGCGAAGUACAAGCCAUCGUUGAACGCCUCUACAUUGCUGGCAGAGCUAAAGAGCGUGGACAGUAGAGCUGCGAGGGCGAUUGCACACUUCAAGUCUACCCGCCACAUCAUCCUCUACUACGAAGAUGUUGUUGGAAAUAGGACAAAGCUUGAAGAAGUCCAGGAGUUUCUGCGGUUGCCUUAUAGAGAACUAACAAGCCGUCAGAUUAAGAUACAUAGUGGGACAUUAUCAGAACAGAUAGCAAACUUUGAAGAAGUCCAAGAAGUGCUGAAAGGAACGCCAUAUGAAUCCUUUCUUCAUCAGGACUAAUGAGAGGUGUAGAUUGUUUUUAUUUUUUCCUUUUUCGUUUGGUGUAGAUAGAAAAUACUCCCUCAUUACUCCACUCUGUUUUAGAGAGAUUUUUUUGGUUUCACAGUUAGCUUUCUUUCACCCUAUUCUCAAUUGUUUCUGGAAACAUAAUUAGUGAAAAAUAGCAUCAGAAGAUGAAUCAAUCACAUUUCUUCCGA